AUGUCGGUCAAGUUCGAGCGCGAAACGCUCAAGCAGACGGCCCAGAAUGUCCUGUCCAGCGCCGUCCCCGAAGACGGCAACAUCCCCGGCACCAGCGGCAAGCAUCCCAUCGCCGAGAAGGUCGGCACCGCUCUCACCGGCGGCCUCCAGAACGCCGGCACAAAGGGCUACCUAGCGGCAUACAUUAAGCAGCUCGAGUCGAAUCCGCUGCGCACAAAGAUGCUCACCGCCGGCUCCCUAGCCGGAGCCCAAGAGCUCAUCGCGUCCUGGCUCGCCAAGGAUCGCAAUAAGCAUGGCCAUUACUUCACCUCGCGUGUCCCCAAGAUGGCCGCCUACGGAGCCCUCAUCAGCGCUCCCCUCGGUCACUUUCUCAUCUGGCUGCUCCAGAAGUUCUUUCGCGGCCGCACCAGUCUCCGCGCCAAGGUGAUGCAAAUCGUCGUGAGCAACUUGCUUAUCGCCCCCAUCCAAAACAGCAUCUACCUGGUCGCCAUGGCCCUAAUUGCCGGCGCGCGCACAUAUCACCAGGUUCGCGCCACUGUCAAGGUCGGCUUCUGGAGAGUCAUGCGUGUCUCGUGGGUCACCUCGCCCAUCUGCCUCGCCUUCGCCCAGAAAUUCCUCCCCGACGAACUGUGGGUGCCUUUCUUCAACUUGGUAUCCUUCGUCAUUGGUACCUACAUCAACACCGUCACCAAGAAGAAGCGCCUCGCUGCCCUGCGCAGGAAGCACUUUGGCGACGGUCGCAACAAUGGCAUGGGCCGGCCCGAGGACUACCCCCCUCCCCCCAUGGGCCCGAACCCUCCCUACUGA